AUGCUCACCAAGAACCUCAACAAGUCGGAAGACAAUGUUUCAUCUGCGGAAAAGCAACUGCAAAUCGACCCAUCAAUCCCUCUAGAUGCCCAAAAUUCUCUUUUUGACUCACAAGAGCAGCUAUUUCCUUCAAUCCGCCCAGAGGCCGACAAUUCGCGAGAUUUAACCCCUUCUGAAAGUGGUUUUCAAACCUGGCACGCACAUUGCAGCUAUCAACAUCCUCAGAUUGCCAACCUCUUCCCCGUGGUCGACGACAGUCUAUCUACUCCUCGCAAACCAGCUAGUUCGAUCUCUGUUGAUGGUCGUCAAUCGUUGCCUGAUAUUCAAACCUUUUUCGCUAUUUGGUUCAAAAUGACAUGCCCAACAUCCUUCGAACAAACAAAUGGAAAAGUCAGAUCAUCAGGCCUCUCGUUCUUUUCCAAGAACGUGGCACUCCCGCGACGAUCUUCUAGUGGUGAUAUUCGGGGUCCUCGGCCUUCAUCUUUGUUGCCUUACCAAAACUCAAUUGCUCUGGAAACUGUCAAUGUUGGGUCGGAACGGUGUUCAUCUGGACGUCAAAUUGUUGAUUGGCUUGUCUCGAGCUCAGGCGGUAGACUUGAGUCACGCAAAAAGGCUCUUGCUCUUUGUGAGGCUUACAUGAAAGCUUCCUUUCUUAAACCCUUGGACAACAAAGGUCCUUUGGAGAAGUUUGUCGAUGGUUCACAGCUCUAUCGAAUAUUGAACGAGGUGGAUGAUAGCCCACAUUUGUCUAGGCGGGCUGAGUCGGUUAGUAGUGGUUUCGACGCGCUUGGGCAACGCUUUCGACGUGGCACCUUGGUGACAGAGUCAAUUGGGCUGUCAAAGAUCAAGGAAGUCUCUCAUGAGGAGUCUACGACUUCACCCCCUGUAGUAAUGGGUGUACCCUUACCUGAGAGCUUGGGUCAGGUGGACAUUGAUAGUAAUGUACAACCGCUUCGAAUAGAUUCGACCGCUUCCCAGAAGAUUCUUGUUGAGUCGAGGGACGUCUAUAUGCAUUACUUGGAGAGGUUAAUCAAACAGGAAACGCGAGAUCACUAUUUGUCGGCAGAUUGGAACUCGCUCAUAUUUUCAACUGUCGGUAUCUUAUGUGAUGACUUAAAGCUAAAUCUACGAAGAGUUCUACUAAAAAAUGUACAAAGUCGUCGCAUUGGCUCACUAUCCUUCAAUCCUGGUCAACAGUGUUCCCUGAUUGACAAUGUGAUGCUGCAGGAAUUCUGCCCCUCAAACCAUCUGCCAACACAGCUUUACUGUCCAAGAAUCCUCAUUCUAGCUUCACCAGUUACAUAUGAAAGAAAUAUUUACAAACGGACGUGGCUUGAAUCUUAUGCCGCUCAAGAAGAGGAGUAUUUGGGAAACUGUGUUACCAAAAUCCUUUCCUUCCGACCAACUGUCCUCAUUACGGGAGGUGGAGUGGCAAACAUUGCGUUAAAUAUGCUUGUCAAAUCGGGAAUCGCUAUUUUUUGCAAUGUGAAAAGGCCAGUAAUGGCUCGCUUAGCCGCUGCGACAGGCGCCGAGAUUGUGGCGUCGACUGAUGCCUUUCUGAGUGGUUCAUAUGACAUCUCUCCAAAGCAUCCUACAUCUCCCGUCGGCAUGUGUAAAUGGUACAAAUUAGUGACUUUGCCCCAAUCCAAUGGCACCAGGAAAUCUGUUUGUAUAUUUAGUUUCACUGAUCUACCCAGAUUGGAUGGUACAUCGCUUGUGAGUUGGUUCCAGGUUCCCGGACUAAACCUAGUGCGCAAUGUUACUGAAGCAGAGGAUAGGAAGGAGGGAUCUGAGGGUAGCAGCAUCUGUAUGCCUGCCUACACCGUCUUCUUGCGAGGUUCAGACUUGGCCACCUUGAAAUUAGUAAAGCGGUGCUUCAAAUUAGCGCUUUUGAGCUGUUUUAAUGCCCGUUUGGAGGCGGCUUAUUUGGACGACGCGCAUAUCGUGCUUACUGAUGAUCCGUCUACCACCACGACUUUGGACAACUGUAGAUCAGACGAAUCGUUUUCCUCCUCCCUAGCGUGUCAUCUCAGUGGCCGCCUAUUUAAUCUCUCGCCCCUAGCUACAACCAAAUUGCCUUUCUUGGCAAGUGCCGAGGGCCGUUGCACCCCUCUCUUCGACUUCUACUUCUAUCUUGUCGAUUGGUCGGAUAGGAGGCGGUUGAAUGACUCGUUGAAGCAGAAGGCGGUUGUGAUGCGGGCGAAGAUUUAUGCUGAACGAAAACCACCCUCGAAGUUUACGCUAUCUCGUUGGGAAUCACCGCCACCUUCAUUCAUACCAGACCGUAUUUCUUCUAAAGGAGAGGAAGAGCCAAAGAUUUUGCGCAGGUGGACGGGAAUGGGCGGAAUCAUUGCAGCAAAUGCGAGUCGAUCUAAAAAAGCAACUAAAAUUCCUCUUCCUUCGAGACCGGUUGUUAAGCAUGUGAACAAGCGUCUUCGUCGGAGCAUUCGCGACGCCCGAUCCCACACUCUAAUGCACGUUCUCCGCAGUGUCUUCUCUCUCACCUCUGCUAUUUGUCCUGAUCCCUGCCUCCCCUCCUGGAUCAUGGGCAUCGACGUCUAUGGAAGCAAUGAUUUGCCACUUGGGGCCUUUCUUGAGCACUUUUGCUUCAGGAAGCAGAGCUGCUUAAAUCCGGAGUGUAAUACUCCGAUGCUGGAUCAUGUGCAGCAUUUCACCCAAACCGCUGGUUCGGUGAAACUUACUCUGCGGGCAAUUGAACCGGUUCAUUUGGCACAUUCUACCAGCUCACCGACGUCAAUUGUGAUGUGGUCCUACUGCUCGGUCUGCAAACAAAUGUCACGGGCACGAUUUAUGUCUCUGCUGACCUGGCACUUCUCCUUCAUGAAAUUCAUAGAUUUCCUCAUCAAUUCGCCACAUUGUCUAACUCACAAGUCUCCAAACAGCACGUCUGCUUGCUGUUCAGCUAAGAGUUUGAGCCAUUGUUUUAGCUCUAAUGGCGUACAGGCCACUUUCUGUUAUCAUCCAAUAGUGAUCUUUGAGGUCUGUAUGCCCCCAAUCACGUUGAGGACGUCCUCGGCGUCAGCUUUGACGACUCCUCACGAAAGGAGAAAUAUUAAUCAACAGGAUUCCAAGUUUGUAAAAAAGUCCGAUGUGAUAGGACCAAUCAGAAUGCCCGACUUCCUCGAAAUUGAAGUUCAUGCAACCCUGAAAAAGUAUUACGAGCUUACCAUGAUGGUGAAACAGCAUUUGAUGAAUCUGUGGAAUGAUAGACAGUGCGAAAUUCUGACGCAUUUGCUAGAAGCCUUUGAACAGACUUUGAAUUCGGAAUGCACCGAGACGGGAAUCAAAUCACGCGUGGAAGUUCUCUCCUUCCUCUUCGACAAUCUCGCGAAACCACGUCUUCCCUCUUCGCAUUUCAGAGAAGCACAAAUCCCACCUAAUAGUUCCAUUCCAUCCACCGACAGUAGUGUAGUUGAGGAUUUGGACACUGAUUGUACCAUCUCCUCUAGCACCGGAUGCCAACCGAUGUGGAUGACAAGGCUUGCUGCAUUUUCAUAUGAGGAGAAAAUGACGUUGACUUUUGCUCUGAUGUACCUUAUAAAGCGGUGGCUCUUCAAUUUUGCCAGUGACUGGAAUGCUCGCAUCUCGCAGUACAAUUCCACAUUGAGGAUGUUGGAGAAGGCUCAGAGCAAGCAACGCAAGCACCAUCCUCCCCAAACCUCCGUCGACAUGUCCAUUGAUGUGGGAGGUGCAAGAUCCGAAGUUUCCGAGAUCCCUCCAGAGGCGUCUCCUUCGUCCUCAAAUGUGGAUAUCGCGCUAGACAAUACUGAAACAACGGAUAAUGUUAGCACUUUGCGCAAAGAUGUUGGAGAAGUCUCCUCCAUGACAAACAAUACUGCCUACACAUUGCUUGAUUUCUUACCGGAAAACAAAGCCUUAGUGACUAAGGUGGAGACUGUGAAAAGGAUCUUCACGGCCAUACUGCCAGGCAGCAGUGAGCACAAGGUCUGCCCCGAGCCUUGGACCCCCAGCGAGCACCCUCAAAUCCUUCCACCGAAUUGUCACACUCCUCUGCUUCUCGCGUUGGCUCUCCAAUCACCGGCUCAGUGUGUAGAGGGCGGAUAUUUUGAGACACCGGACUCCACACCGAGGCUGUGUGCCAAUGAGAAGUUGGUUGAGGAAUUAUCGCAUAUUUCUGUCCUCGAGGCUACACCGGAUGUGUACAUUUGUGACCAGGAGAUCACCUCUAUCGUCGCCUAUGCGCUUGCGUGA